AUGGCUCGUAAAAAGUCCGCAACCGAAGCGCCAGCACUACGCGCCUCUCGAAAACGCGACCUCUCACCAGACCCCUACGACAUCCCCGAAGAGAAUGAGACCCCGAAACGACGAAAGCGCUCGGAAGCCACAGUCGCCGUCGCGGCAGACGGGAGCGACGGGGAUGAGAAUGGCACCAUUGAGGCGUCAAACCCCACGAUUCAGCUGACACCCGCGAAACGACGAGGCCGCCCUCCAAAAUCCGCGACCGCAGGAACGCCAAAGGCCCAAGCAACAACACCGAAGAGACGCGCACAGAAACCGCUUGCCGAGACCCCAAUACGGCUCAAUGGCACCGAUACGCCUAGCAGACGGAACAUCGCCGACAGAUCGGCAAGGAGGAAAAGCGCCAGGGCCCUCAUCGACCGAGUGAUUGGAGGCGAGGUCAGCGACGAUGAGGUAGAAGGAGGAGACAUUGCUCGGGAGAUCUACGAGUCGAGCGAGGAAGAGGAUGAAGAAGUACAAGAGGAAGUGGCAGUGGGCGAGGGAGAAGGCGAGGAGGAAGAAGACGCACAGGAGCCAGAAACCCCCUCAAAAACACCAGGGCGAAAGCGGAGGACCACCACCCGCAAGCGAUCACCAACUCCUCCACGCGACCUGCCACCGCACGAGCAAUACUUCUACCAAAACAAACCCGGCCUAGCACGAACCUCCAACAACACGCUCUCCUCCCUCAACCUCCUCACCCACGACGAAUACUUCACCAUCAUCCGCCAACUCAAAGACCCCCACGCGGCCAACGUCACAUCCCUCGAGUCCUUCCACGCCGAGUCCUUCCCCCAAUGGGCCUUCGAGCUCUCCCAGGGUUUCAGCACCUGCUUCUACGGCUACGGCUCCAAACGCCGUCUCCUCCACAACUUUGCAACCUACCUCGCCUCCCAGGACCCCCCCACCCAAAAAAUCGUCAUCAUCAACGGCUACGUCCGAACACUCACCCAGCGGGACAUCAUCUCCACCCUGGCCUCUGCCCUCCCAUCCUCCUCCUCCUCCUCCUCCUCCUCCGCACCCCGCCCAACAACCCUCCAAUCCCUCCUCACCACCCUCUCCUCCCUCUCCCCCCCAACAAUCACCCUAACAAUCCUAAUAAACUCCAUCGACGCCCCCCCCCUCCGGCGCCCCGCCCUCCAAUCCCUCCUCACCCACCUCGCCUCCCACCCUGCCAUCCACCUCGCCUGCACAGCCGACACCCCCGAUUUCCCCUUCCUCUGGGACGCCGCCCAACGCGCCUCCUUCAACCUUCUCUUCCACGACUGCACGACUUUCGCCACUCCAGCGCCCUGCGAACUAGAUGUCGUGGAUGAAGUGCACGAGUUGCUGGGUCGGAAAGCGAGACGGGUGGGCGGGAAGGAGGGCGUGGCGUUUGUGUUGAGGAGUUUGCCGGAGAAUGCGAGGGCGCUGUUUCGGUUGUUGGUGGGGGAGGUUUUGGUUGCUGCUGAGGAGGGCCAGGGGGGAGGGGGACAACCUGGUGGUGGUGGAGGGGGGGAUGAGGAGAUGGCGGUGGACUAUCGGAUGGUGUAUAAUAAGGCGGUGGAGGAGUUUAUUUGCAGUUCGGAGAUGGCGUUUCGGACGUUGUUGAAGGAAUUCCACGACCACCAAAUCAUCACCAGCCACAAGGACUCGAUCGGCACGGAACUGCUGAGCCUGCCGUUCCGUAGAGAGGAGUUGGAGUCUAUUUUGGAGGAGUUGACAACAUGA